AUGGCGGCAAGGUUGCUGGAUCGAGCAUUUACAGUUGCGAUGAACUUGGAGAUCACGCGAGAUGGAGUGAAGCACACUGGUGACGCAGCCCUCUCGCUUCCUCGACAGUCAGAGGAGCGAGACGCCAACGGAAACAUCACGCAGCAGGCCGACAUCAGUGGAGCUGGUCACCUAAUGCAGAAGUUGACAGAGGCGUUCGAGAUUCAUGACCAGGACAAGCAGGGUGAGUACCUCGACAAGUUCCUGGACACAAGGCGGGGCAAUCAGACAUUGCAAGAGUUUCUAUUGAGUUUCCGUGAGAGAUAUACCGAGGCGAAUGACAAGGCGGACUUGACCAUCAGCAACGUCGGACUGACACACAUGCUGUUCAAAUGGUGUGGUUUGCCGGCCAGGCGUAUCGCAGACAUCAAACUCCACAUCAACGGAGAUUUGGAGCAGUUUCAGACAGUGUAUGCGAUGCUGACGAGGAUUGCCAAGCAAGAGAUGGCGACAGGCAGUGGACACGCACAUCACUACAUGGACGAUGACCAAGUCUCAGACCAUGUCGUGGACUACUACCAGGACUAUGACGACGAUGGAGCAGAGUUGAUAGACUGGACACAUGACGAGGAGAGUGGCCUACACUAUCGCGAGUACUGGACGGAGACUGGUGAGGCGACCUACGGAGCUUACGACGACAACGGCAUCUGGUACGAGGCCAACGACAUCGAGGCGUGGCUUGACGAACAGGAACUGGAUCAGGCGUACCAGAUGAACGGUUUCAGGAGACGUUUCCGCUUCGGCGGCUUUCGACGGAAAGGUAAAGGCAAGAGUGGCAAGGGCAAAGGUGGCAAGAAGUACGGCAAGCACAACACUCAGGACAGCAACAAAGGCCAGAGGUUGGAGGUGAAGUCUUCUUCGGCCAAGUUGUCAGGCAUCGAUGGAGUUCCGAAUCCAUCACUGGGUCUGGGCAAGUUGCCGUUGUAUCUGGACGCGCUGCCCAACUCGAGCUUCACGAUGGACAUGCUCGGUGGCAGCGGCAGUCGAUGCCCCCUUUUGAUGCCUUUGGAGACGAUGAUCAAUAACACCAUGGGUCUUCUCACCGGCAUCCUGCCGAAUCGAGACGGAGUCCUCAUCAUCAACACAUUGGACGGUCUCGGGAACAAGGUAAGACCGACCUGCUACAUGAGGGCUCUCUACACGGACUCCGGCCACUACUUGUUUCCGAUCGACGAUCCGCAGGCCGGUACUGGCCGUGAGCGAGAUCGACUCAAACAGGCGGUGAAGGCUUACAUGGCGAAGGUUUUGGAUGAGGACAUACCCAAGAGCACCACGACGGUUUUGGAUACGGUACUUAUGACAAGCACAGACAGAGAUGACAAGCAGAUCGAGGCACAUCAGUCACUGGACACCGGCAUCUAUGUACCUGACUCGCAUCGAGGCAUGCACAGCGGGAAGAAGGAGACGCUUGCCUUGUCCAAUGCUUUGGACGCCGGCAGCUAUGUACCUGACUCGCAGAAAGGUGGCAUGCCCAGCGGGAAGAAGGAGACGAUUGCCACGUCCAGGACUGAAGCAACGGAGUUGGAUGCAAUCAAGUACGAAGAAGCACAGACCUCAGAGAGUAGAAUGAGAGUGAGAUCGGAGGUCUACAAUGCCAUCAGCACCAACAUCAACACGAUCUACUUGGACAGCAAGGACUACUACAGAAGGUGGCGAACCUUCAAAGCAUCGAGAUGGACUGGUGUCAACAUAUGGCCCAAGAAGAUGGACACCAACAGAGCCAAGCAACUCGACUUAGGCUAUCGGGCCAUGCCGGAGGAGUUCUACUUCGAGAGCCAAUUACCUGUUGUGACACCCGAGAACCUGGAGAGCUGGAUGGAGCACAUGAGCAUCCACCAUGUGGACGUGCAGGAGCGCAUGUCCGGCAGCAGCAGGUUCUCUCGACGAGCAUCACUGCAGGGUCUCAUGGUUGGCUUUCCUGUGGACUAUCGAUACGGCUGGGACAUGUCUGACAGACACCACCAGAGGCUGCUGAGCACCUUUCGCGGCAAGUGCCACAUCGGCACAACCUUGUGGGCACCUACCUGUCAGCCAUGGUCUAUCGCCAGCAGGCACAAAGAUCCGGCUUCUCUGGAAAGCGAGAGAAGAUCACAGGCACCAGCUAUCAUCUUCAUGCUGAAUGACAUUAAACAGACAGCGGACACCGAGCAGCAGCAUAUCGUUGAGAAUCCACACAACAGCGAUUUCUGGAGCAAGUCUGACUACACAGGCGUGGUCGACAUGAACAUCAUGAGGAGCUACGCAGCAGACCAGUGCUCAUUCGGCGCGACCAACGAGCUCGGUGAACCAACUCGGAAACGGACACGACUGGAUUCUACAUUUUCCUUGAGAGCGAGCACACGACAUUGCAGAUGCAAGAUACCUCAUGGACACUUGACUGGUGCAGUCGACGGCAUCAAGCGCACAGCCAAGGCGGCAAUCUAUCCAAAGAAUUUCUGCGACGCUAUCGUGAAGGACAUCAUCAGGAUCGUGAGGCACCAGAUUCACUGGGGGUGCGAGAGGUGCCGGCUCGGUAACAAGACGGACUCGGAUCAUACUCGCAAGCCGGGCAACUGCAGCAUGACGAAGACGAGCCAGCUAUUCAUCCUCUUGACGAAGCACCACCAGGAGAAGAACCUCAGCCUGUACCAGGAGCUCCAGGUGUUGAGGAGGCGGAUCACGAGCAAGCAGAGGGUGGAGGAGCCAGAGAUUGCUAUGAAGAAGUGGUACGACGUCAAGCCCAACUUCGAUCUCAGCAAGAUGGUCUCUCGUCUGAAGGAGGCUACCGACAAGAAGGAGAUCUUACGGUUGCUGCUGGGUUUUCACAUCAGGUUUUGGCACGCUCCCGUGCCGGACAUGAUCAUAUUCCUCAAGAGUGCAGAAUGCUGGAACAAGACGCUGGCCGCAGUCAUCACAAUGGUCUGUCUGGCCUGUUCUGUGUGCAGGGACUUGGCCAGACCUCUUACAAAACCACGAGCUGGAAUCACAAUACCAUUACGUUUCAACCACAGAGUUCAGCUAGACUUGUUCUUCAUGUGGGACAAGGUGUGGCUUCUGGUCAUAGACGAACUGUCCAGAUACAAAGUGGCGGACAUCGUCGCAGAUCGCACGCCCAAGGAGCUACUAACUACCUUGAUGAGGUCAUGGAUCAGAUAUUUCGGGCCCAUGCAGAUCAUGGUUCUGGACCAGGAAGGCGGCCUCGUCUCAGAGCUGUCUUCCCGAACGUGCGACAAGCUGAACAUCAAGCGACGAUAUGCCGGCACUGACGACCACACGAUGACCGGUCUGGUGGAACGUUGGAUUCAGCUGGUUCGACUCUGUGCCAUGAAGCUCAAGCGCACAUGCACCACGCAGGGUUUCGAGGUCUCGGACACGGACUUAGUUCAGGAGGCGGCCAUGGUUUCCAACAGCAUGGUCAGCUACGGAGGUCAGACGGCGACGCAAGUGGUCUUGGGCUUCACACCCAAUGACUACUACGACCUCGAGGCCACCACGUUGGACUCCGUGCAGAGCGCCGACGUGAGCUGCCCCGAUCCGUUCGAGGCAGCUGUCAGGCUUCGUCUCCUUGCGAAGGCAGAGAUGGCACGAGCGAUCGUUGAGGACAGAGUUGCACGAGCUAACAGGACACGAGUUCAACAACACGGACCCGAACAAGAGCUGAAGGUCGGAGAGUCCGUUGACAUCUACAGAGUACCAGAUCGCAAGGAUCAGCCAGGCUGGCGUGGCCCGGCUGAGCUCGUCAAGAUCUCGGAGGGCACGGCAAUAGUUGUCUGGAAUGGAGUACCUUACAUUCUGCCGGUGCGGUACCUCAGGAGGCAUUUGGUCGGCUUCCUAACGUAUCAGGCAACCAACAUCUCCGAGCUCAAGACAGACGACCAGCAGAUGCUCAACACCUUGGGCAAAUUGAUGGACAUCGUGGACGGCAACAUCUAUGGACAAGUGACACGGCUUGGCAGGACAAUCACUCAGGAUGGCCAAGUCAAGUGCUCACCUGAUGCCAAGACAUUGGUAAAUCUUCAGCCCUGGAAGUUGAGCAUGAUGACGUACAGAACGAUUUUCCACCUCAAGAGCCUGGACGGCAUAUUGUACGGCACGUCGCUACGCAGGAUACCACCACUGCAUGCAGUUCGGUUCGGCCUACUUGUCUUGUGGGAACGAAAGGAUCGCACCAAUUACAUGACCUACGAGAUCGACCCGAGCAUGGGCGUGACAGUUGGCAGUCUGGCAAGUUUCAAGUGGGAGAAUACCUCGUUCAUGAUGUACUAUUCAAUACCAUCACAAUCGGACCCCUUCUUGGACGAGCACCACUUGCCAGACAUGAAUGACCUUUCUCGCAUUGAGCCAGUACCCGAAUCGACGAUCGACGUGAACCGUGACGUUCAUGACAUGAUAAGCCUACUUCCCGACUUGGACGACUGGAUGGAUCAGGACGCCAUAGCCGACACACAGCCAACGGAGAAGAGUCAGCUUGAUCAG